AUGAAGACAACUUUGUUACUAACUUUUAUUCUGGCUUUAAUGGGCGCAGCCGUUGGUUUGGAAUCUGAAAAAAUGCAAAAAAUGGUAAGUAGGUUGCUUGGUAGGACCAACGAUCAUCCAUAUUCAUACUCAGUUGCCGUAAGGAUCGGUUGUCGAGGAAAUUCUUGGAAUUACGAUUGUGAAACUAGAUGUACCGGGGCCCUACUCAAGCCUGAUAUCGUUUUGACUGCCGGUCAUUGCUUUAGAGGAGUGAUGCAAGAUCGUAGUCUAUCAGUUUUAAUUGUGGGAGACGUAACUAAUGAUCUAGAGGAGAAAAAUACUCGAGUUUUGGCGGACAAACUGUACAUGCUUAAAACGUUCCAACUCUACUCUAAUAUUACCGAUGUUGAUGAUAUUGCUAUAAUAAAGACGAAGCAACCGUUAAAAGUUAAAAAAAAUUCACCAAUCAGCCUUAUUGAAUUGCCUCUGGGAAACGAAAUUAUAAACAAUGUAGUUCUUGACAUACCACUUGUCAAAAGAGACAAUAUGUUAUUUAAGAUCGUUACAGUAAGAACAAGACUUGAAGACUCACGUGACAGUAACAGAGAAGUAAAGUUUAAAACUUUUCAUGGAGUAAUUAGGAAGCAACCAUCCGACCCAGAAAAUUUCGGCUUUGGUCAUGGUGACAGUGGAGCUGCCGUCGUUUUUGAUGGAAAAACCGUUGUUGGAGUCAUAUGUAGUAUGUUUUACCCAUCAGCUACGGUACAACAUCUAAUGAUAAUCAAAGUUGCGGCUCAUUUAGAUUUCAUCAACGGGGUUAUGAAUAACGCCCCAACUGGAAACACCGAUAUGUUUCAAAUGAAUAGUGAUUGGGAUCUUGAGUUUAAAAAUGGUCUUUACAGAGUAGUUCUAAAAUACGGAAGAUCGUAA